CCGGCCGAGCCGAGCCGAGCCGGGCCGGGCGGGGCCCGCGGGGUUAUGAGGGCGGGCGCCGCCGCCUCCCCGUGAGGAGCCGCGGGCGCGGGGAGCGCGCGAGGCCGCCCCGCCACAGGAAGCCAUUUUGUGGGCCCCCUCCUCCUCCUCGCUCUCGUCCUCUUCCUCCUCCUCCUCGUCCUCCGCCGUCGCCGCCGCCCUCGGGAGCGGCCGGGCCCGGUGAAGGAGGCGGCGAGGAGGGGCGGCGGCGGCCGCCGCGCCCUCCCCCAUGGCGAAGAAAACCUACGACCUGCUCUUCAAGCUGCUGCUGAUCGGGGACUCGGGGGUCGGCAAGACCUGCGUCCUCUUCCGCUUCUCCGACGAUGCCUUCAACACCACCUUCAUCUCCACCAUUGGGAUAGACUUCAAGAUUAAAACUGUUGAAUUGCAAGGAAAGAAGAUCAAGCUACAGAUCUGGGACACGGCGGGGCAGGAGCGCUUCCACACCAUCACCACCUCCUACUACCGAGGGGCCAUGGGCAUCAUGCUGGUCUACGACAUCACCAACGCCAAGAGCUUCGAGAACAUCAGCAAGUGGCUCAGGAACAUCGACGAGCACGCCAACGAGGAUGUGGAGAGGAUGCUGUUAGGAAACAAGUGUGACAUGGAAGAUAAAAGAGUUGUCCCUAAAGCAAAAGGUGAACAGAUUGCCAGGGAGCACGGUAUUAGGUUUUUUGAAACUAGUGCAAAAGCAAAUAUAAACAUUGAGAAGGCAUUCCUCACAUUAGCAGAAGACAUUCUUCGAAAGACCCCUGUAAAAGAGCCCAACAGUGAAAAUGUAGAUAUCAGCAGUGGCAGUGGGGUGACGGGCUGGAAGAGCAAGUGCUGCUGAACCUUCUCCUCUCUCACCAAUCGCCAUCCACCGCCCCUUUUUUCUCGCUGCAAAACAAACCACUCUGCCCGUUUUUUAACCUCAAACCAAUGGUUUUGUUCCUCAUCUUAACCAGCUCCUGCCUCCCCUUGGUUUUCCGGCUAGGACAGCUUUGCCUACUCCAGUUUUCUCAACACAUGUAUAGGAAAUUCAUCUCCGUGACUUCAUUUCCAUGUCCCUGCUCAGCUCACCACUACGUUUGGGUUGUAUUAUAGUCCCGUCCCUCCUGCCAUUAAACCCCAGAGCAAUCAUACUCAACUCUCUUCUGCAAAUUGUAUAAGAAUAAAGGUUAGAAUUAACAAUUGA